AUGUUGGAAGAAAGUAGAAAAACUGGAUGUACCUGUCCUAGAGCAGAUUCAGUAACUACUUCGUUCAAUAAUUCAGGUUUAGAGUUUCUUAUUGAAGAUAGCACUGUGUCUCAGCUAAACUCACAUACGUCUCUGAGCAUUACUCCAGGUCAUAUACGACCUUAUCCUAAAGCUGAUUACCUAGAAGCUGAGCCUGAAUUUUCAGAGCCCAUACAAAAUGUAACGAUUGCCAUUGGUAGAGAUACGCAGCUUAGUUGUACAGUAGAGAAUUUAGGAACAUACCGGGCAGCCUGGAUCAAAGUAGAAACUAAAGCAAUUUUAACAAUUCACCAUCACAUUAUCACUCGAAACUAUCGAAUCAGCUUAAGUCACAGCGACAAUAGGAAUUUUAUUCUUCAGAUUCGUAAUGUUCAACCAGCAGAUAAAGGUGGAUAUAUGUGCCAAGUAAACACAGUACCUAUGAAGAGUCAAGUUGGAUACCUUGAUGUUUUAGUACCUCCAGACAUACUUGACCAUGGAAGUAGUAGUGAUGUUGUCGUGAGAGAAGGGGCGAAUGUUACUCUAACGUGCAAAGCAGUUGGUUACCCUGCUCCUAACAUCACGUGGAGGAGAGAAGACAAUGAACCCAUUCCACUAGGAGCUUGGCAAGGAAAAAAAGUUACAGAUCCAAAUGCAGUUACUUAUGAAGGAGAAGUCUUGAGUAUUACAAGAGUAAGUCGUCUUCACACUGGUGCCUACUUGUGCAUUGCAGCCAAUGGCGUUCCACCUUCCGUUAGCAGAAGAGUCAUACUCCACGUUCAUUUUCCACCUGUACUAUGGAUACCAAACCAACUGGUUGGUGCUGCUCUUGGGCGGGAUGUAAGUCUUGAUUGUCACACGGAAGCGUAUCCGACUUCUAUAAACUACUGGGGACGGAAGCCAAAUGAAAUGAUUAUUUCCAAUGAAAGACUUCAGAUCACAACAAAAGAAAAGACAUACAAAACUCACAUGAGAUUAACCAUAAUGAAAUUACAGCCCCAAGAUUUUGGUGUUUAUAUGUGCUUUUCAAAAAAUUCUUUGGGAUCAACAGAGGGAUCCGUUAGACUCUAUGAAAUCCAGCCCCCCACUGCUAAUCCAACAAGAGAUUCCUCGUCUGUGAGGCGCCAAAGUUCAGAAGCUUUUCCUCAGCAUCAAAGCUUAGGAUCCGUCAAAGAUUCCACAGAAGACUCUUCUGUAAGUAAAUGGAAAAGGCCAGUACUUACAGAUGGCGCUUACAAAACAAAAGAACAUAUCAAUACAGUAGAAGAUUCUAAAGAAGCCAAACUCGGAAAAGAUUCAUCUCAUUUACGAAAUGAAAUAGAUGAAGGUUCUACUGGAAAUCUUGGAUGCCAAUUUACAUGGAUGCUGUUGUUCCUAUGCGUUGUUCUACACGAAAUCACAUCAUAA